CCGAACAGAGGGAGAAAGAGAGGAAACAAUAUGAGAGAUCAUACACUUUGCUAUAACAAUACCUAUCAUAAUUGCAAAAAAUACUGACAAAAUUGUAAAUCCAAUGUUUAUAAGUCAUGUCCUAGCCAUUCUCAACAUAUUUCUUUUCCAGUUUCACAGCUUUUGCAACAGUUAAUGCUUUCUGCUAAUACAUACAUUCCAUUUCAUGAACAAGUUCAUUUUUACUUUAAAGUCACAAAAGCAUCUACAUACAGUACUUCAUCCCAUUUUCCUUCACGUUUACAAAAAAAGUUAGUUGUAAUAUAGUGUUAUAUUUUAAAGAUCCAUUUUCAGACAAUUAUUCCCCAAUAAAAUUACAAGCACUACUCGGUUCCACCCAUUUUUCCAUUCCCAAUACUCACUUUUCCAUAAAUCACCAGAUUGAAGGUUUCCUCCCUGGGGAAGAUGAAAAAUUUCUGAAACAGUAAAAGGAGUUUUUAGAGCUGUGAAAGGUCCCCUGAAGGUGUUGUUCCAGGAGCAAUUUGGUGUACACGAAAUAUUAUCAGUCAGAUUAAUAAGGCCAAAUUGAAAUUCUUCGUAAACAGAUUUUGGUAAUACUAUACAAAUUGGUAGUAUCCCAGAUCUGCAUGAAACCUCAAAUUAAAUUCCAGGCUAAAUUUGGAGAAUCCUUUCCCUGUCCUCCAAUGGAAAGGAUGAAGACAAGGGAGAAGGCUCUCCAAAACACCAUCUGAACAGUAUAAUAUUUUGGAGGUUUACCCUGGCAGACUUGAUCAAAGCUUCUCUUUGGCUGCUAAUAGCUUUGUUUGCUCUCUGUCAUGCUGUGGUGCCUGUCAACAGGGGGGAGAACUCCACCUUCAUCUGAUGUAUAUGGGAUGGCAAGCCAGAGGUGGAAAGACAAAAUAAAAUGUGGUGGCAGUAUUUUCAUAAUUAUUCUCACUGUCAUUAGAUGGCAUUUGUGUUGGACAAGACAGCUACCUCUGAAUUCUGCAAAAUGUGCCACUGAAUGUUUUCUCAAACUCACUCUCUUCUCUCAGCCCUACAGAGAGAUCUUUGAAUCCUUCAUAGAGGACUUCAAGACCUACAAACCCUUGCUGACAGCUAUAAAGAAUGAAUAUGAAGUUACCUAGGGAUAAAUAGCAUGAGCUGAAAUCAGAAAUCCUUAUGUUCAUAUGCACAGCUGGAUAAACAAUGGGAUGUAAUCCCAAAAGAUUAAGGGCUCCUCCUAGUCCUUAGGCGCUCACCAGGCCAAGCAGUAAAAGCUCCGUGUUCAGUCCCACUUCCCACCAGCACUGUUUGGUGUUGAAUAUCCAACAGCCCAGCUGAGUGAAAUUCAGGCUUUGUUGCUCAUUGUGAGACCCCCACCUCUGCUUUCUUUAGCUCAUCAGAAGAAGACAAUUCAUGCCCUAGAGCCCCUGAAGGCUAUGGUCACAACUGUGUCCGAGGAGUGCUCCCAGCAGAUACUGGCAAUGCAGGAAAAGGAGAAAGAUGAAAUAAAUAUGUUGAAGCAAGAGAAACAACAUUUAUUAAAGAUCAUUGACAACAUGAAGGAAGAAAAUAAUUCUCUUCAGACUCAGGUGGAGCAUCUGCAGACAAGUGUGGCUGAGGAGUACACUUGCUACGUCAACGAACACAGUGCCCGCAAACUGCUUCUGGCAAAACUGAGCAAUCUACAUAAUGAACAGCGGGACAAGACAUGUCCCCAAGUCCAAGAUGUCAAGGGUGAGGAUGUGGUGAAGUUAACUUUGGCAUUAAAGAUAGCUCGACAGGACCUCACAAAAGCCCAGCUGAAGAUGAACACAAUAAUAGCAGACUACAGGGAUGUUGUGCCCAGGAAACAUUUUGAAUCACUGGAAAAAAAAAACAACUCUGAUUUACUUCAGGAGAUGAAGACUCUGCAGAAGGAUUUUGAUCAGCUCCAUAAGGAAUAUGAAAUUCUGCUGGACAUCCACUGAAAGACUGCAGAAGAGCGAGACAACUUCUGUGCUGAGCUCCAGCGAGUUCAGCACAACUGCACAUACCGGCCAAACUGGGCCAAGUGUUCAGAGGUGAUUCCUGGUGGAGCUGAGCAGUGGGGCUGUCUGGCUGAGGGGAAAACCAGCGAUGAGCUGGUGGAUGUGCUUCUGGAAGAGAUAGGAACAGGAUUGCUCAAACAGAUAAAUGCCUUCCCUGGACAGGGCAAAGGUGACAACGUUCCUGUGUACCUGAGGCAUGAAGGUGAAGUGAAGAACAAAAAGCUGACUAAGAAGGAUAUGGUGAACAUCCUAAAGGAUGUCUGGAAGGAGAAAAUUGCACUAGAAUGGGAGGUGGGUGAAGAACAGUACCAUGGCCAGAAUGAGCUGGUUUCCAGCCUGCAGAAGGAGCUGGCUGCCUGCGGCAGCUUGCACAGCAGAUCCCUGACCAGCGAGCGAUUCAGCACGGCCCUGAGGGAAGCUUUUCCCCUGAAAAGGCAAGAGUCAAUCCAAGAACUAGUUGAUGCAAGCAGGUACCAGCUGGACAGCACUGAAGACCUUAUUGAGUGCAUAUCCUUAUUCAAAGAAGAUGAGGAGGGGAACACCGAACCUUUCGUUGCAAAGCUGAGGAGCCAAUAUGUCAGGGAGAAGCAGGAGUAUCUGAGCCAACUGAAGACCAAGCUGGGAGAUUUAAUAGAGGUGAGGGCAGAUGAUCUGAAGAGUGCCUUCUGCGUGAUCGAUCCGGGUAUCAGUGAUCAGAUGUUGGAUACCUACCUAGACCUGGCUUAUCAGAGUGGAAGAGAACAGCCAGACCAAGAAGCCCUGCCUGUGGAAACUGCACUCGAGAGACUGCUCGCUGGAGACGUGAGACGAGCAGGGCCCCCGCCCAGGGAGGGAGGCACGCCUGGUUGUGAAAGGGAGUGAGCAGCCUUCUGCUAUUGAGAAUAAAGGGACUGUUUGAUGUACACGUUGUGAUACCAAGCUGGGAGUCAGAGUUAACUGCACUAAAUACUUCUUCCCAGGCAUACCAAGAUACACCCAGUAGCUAACAGUUGCAAGGAUAGGCUAGCCUGAACUAUCAGGAGCACAUUCAGUUUAAGCAGCAAAGCACUCCAGUACCAUUUUGCAGCCUCUGCAGAGUCAUUUCAGCUCAGCAAGACAUGCAGUAGGAGGUUGCUGGACCCCCAGACAGGCUUCAUACCCCCACAGCACUGGGGCACCACAGUGUUGGUGACAGAACAACUAUGCUCCAGUAGCCAUUACUGAGAAGCCACCAUCAGGAAAGGAAGGAAAGAGGAAAACCAGGCUGUAAUGUGGCUGCUUUAGCCCUUGGGCCUUAAUAGCUCCUUGGCUCAAAGAGGCCAGGUUGCAAAGAUACAUUUGCAAAAUGAUGUUAACCAGCAGAGUUGGUAUGCAUGUGAAAGGUCAGUUCAGCCUACACCAGGUUUGCUACCAUGUCCCCAAGGAUGCUUUUAUCUUGGUGUAGCUGCUGUUAUCCAGUAUGAAGUCACUUUGAAAGAAAUUCAAGUGCUGCUACAUGAGUAGACUGAACCAAACUUUGAGCUGGAAAAGUAAUCCAAGCACAGAAACACUGAAAUCUGUCCCUUGCUUCAAGGAACAAUACACAUGCUUUUUGGAAGCUGCUUUUCCAACCACUGGCAUUAGCUGUUUGUUAGUAUCCUCUCUAUCCAGCAAAGAGCCCUCUCCAGGGAGGGGAAUAAGGGUUCUUGAAAAACAAACAA